UCGCUGUGGUAUGGUUGUCAUUUCGUCCGUCUAUCGUCUAACCUGAUAGAUGAAUGGAGAAUAAUUAACAUCACUGCAGCGAAGUCAACGCGUCCUUAACUGCUUCGAAAACGACGUUCAACUACAAGUUAACGACCGAGUAAAUUGCUGCCGUUUCGCACUCCGCCACAACACCGCCAUGAUCGAUGUUGGAAACAAAGAUGGCGGAAUAAUACGGUGAUCGUAACCAAACGCGUUCAGUAGUUAUGUGCUGUGGUGGGCGGAGGCUGCAGCGGUGUCGCGGCGCCUGAGCCAGGGGGAGCGCGAUGGCGGCGCGGCCGGGGUGAUGCCGCCGCGGCCAGCGGCCGGCCGCGCGGCUAUGGCGGCAGAAGAACAACGCCCGCCACUAGCUCUGUUUACCGCCGUCUACGACUACAUAGCGCAGGGGGAGGAUGAGCUGUCCCUGCGCCGCGGGGAGAUCGUCGAGGUGCUGUCCAAGGACGCGACCAUCUCGGGCGACGAGGGCUGGUGGACGGGCAAGAUCGGCGACCGAGUGGGCAUCUUCCCCGCGGUGUACGUGACGGAGGAAGACCCGCUGGCGGUAUCCUCGGUGAUCGGCGAUGUGGACCCGCCACGCGUAUCCUUCUCGGAGCUGAAGCUGGAGGAGGUUAUCGGCGUAGGCGGCUUCGGCAAAGUAUACCGCGGCUACUGGAACCAGGAGGUGGUAGCAGUAAAAGCAGCGCGCCAGGACGCCAACGAAGACAUCGAAGUGAUCAAAGACAGUGUGCUGCAGGAAGCGAAACUGUUUUGGAUGUUGCAGCAUGAAAAUAUAGUGUCGUUGAAAGGUGUUUGUUUGGAGGAGCCUAAUUUGUGUUUGGUGAUGGAAUAUGCGCGCGGUGGUCCGCUGAACAGAGUGUUGUCGGGGCGUAAGAUCCGGCCCGGCAUCUUGGUGGACUGGGCGAUACAGGUGGCCCGUGGGAUGGCCUACCUACAUGUUGAUGCACCUAUAUCUCUUAUUCACAGAGACCUCAAGAGCUCUAAUGUGUUGCUGAGCGAAGCUAUCCUGCCUGACGACACGUUAGAGGACAAGACGUUGAAGAUCACAGACUUUGGCCUCGCAAGAGAAGUCUACAAGACAACGAGAAUGUCGGCUGCAGGGACAUACGCCUGGAUGCCACCCGAGGUGAUAAAGAACUCGACAUUCUCGCACGCGUCUGACGUGUGGUCGUAUGGCGUGCUGUUGUGGGAGUUGCUGACUGGAGAAACGCCUUACAAGGGCAUUGACGCACUGGCGGUUGCAUACGGCGUCGCUGUCAACAAGCUCACCCUGCCUAUACCCAGCACAUGCCCAGAGCCCUGGAGAGUGCUUAUGGAAGCAUGUUGGCACUCGAAUCCCCGCGAGAGGCCGCUGUUCCCUGAGAUCUUGGAGCAGCUGGACCAUAUCAGGCAGUCGGAGUUCACGCGCGCGCCCCACGAGUCCUUCCACACGAUGCAGGAUGGCUGGCGCCUGGAAAUAGAGGAGGUGCUACGCGAUCUGCGCAGGAAAGAGAAGGAGUUGCGCUGCCGCGAGGAGGAGCUGACGCGGGCGCAGCUGCAGCAGCGGCUGCUGGAGCAGAACCUGGCGCAGAAGGAGCGCGAGCUGGAGAUGCGGGAGAUCAACCUGGCAGCGCGAGAGCUGCAUAUACUCAUCUUCGCCAGCAACAUGUCGCAUACGCAGCCGCCGCAGCCCAACAAGCGAAAGGGCAAAUUCAGCAAGAUAAAGCUACUGAAGAAGGACACGAUCUCCUCUCCGUUAGAUUUCCGGCACACGCUGACGGUGCGGCCCUCCGAGGACGAGAGCAGCAAGCAGCUGGUGGCCGUGGCCAAGGACACGCCGCCCGGCUCGCCCGCCAUCGUGCGCGCCAUCGCUCGCGGGGAGGAGGGCAAGCGCAAGCCGCGCAAAUCAAAGUCUCAGGUGCGCGCGCCAAAGUCCGAGCUCAGCAAGAAGCGCAGCGGCAGCCACGACGACCUCCUCUACGAGAACGCGCCCCGCAACAGAUCCCUCUGGCACUUCUUCUCCCCCGACAGCCCCCACCACUACGACACCGUCUACGAUAUAGACGCAGUCGAAAAGGGUAGAAGGAAACAGAGAGCGACUAACGCCCGUGUGUUUUCUAUUCAAGGUUGUUUUCUUCCUUAUACAGACUUCAGUCCCGACGACUGGGGCCCAGAGUUCCCUUUAAGCACGUCUUCCAGAUAUACAAUACCAAUGCCUACGCUAUAUAGCACUGAAGGCUACAAGUACAAGAAGCCGAGUAUAAUAGAGCUAGUACUGUACAACAUGGCUGCGCUGCUCGGCGGCGUCGCGGCCGGCUACGACGUGCGCGUCUCCAACGUCAGCCCGCUGCAUCCCACCCUGCAGCCGCACAGGCCAGAAAUAGAACCUGAACCCUUGGCUUCGUCGCUGUACGAAGGCUACGGGUUCGCGCACAACACAUACCACGGCCCCACGCGGCACCUGCGCGCGCCACUCAACGCCAUCACGGGAUCCCCUCUGUCUAGUCUCCAAGUGGAGGAGCAGAAGCCGCUGCGCUUCACCGACUCCCCGACACACUACGCGCACGCCUCCUCCUCCUCCGGCUGCGGACUCUCCGCACCUCCGCUCUCCGGCACAUCCGGCCUCGGCACCGCCUACACAGGCACCUCCGGCCUCGGCACCGCCUACACCGGCACACAGCCGCCCACGCCCUCGCCCCGGAGGACCUCCUCCACCUCCGACCACCUCGCGGACCUCUACCACAACUACAGAGAAAACUUUCAACCCUCCCCCUCCCACGAUCGAAUGCAAGACUACUACUACAGGAGCGAACCAUACUCGUACGAGAGAACCGCAGACUACGUCGUCAAACAUCCCUACUACGGAUACGACGAGUGCUCGUUCGAGUAUCGCGAGCCCCCGACCGACUAUCGGCCCUCCGCGCCCUUCCCCUCGCACAGGAGGACGCCCUCCAACUCCUCCGCUACCAACUCGCACGCGGAGGAGUUCUCCCCCUCCCGCCAGCUCCGGAUGGAGAAGUACCAGAAGGAGAGGCGAGAGGAGUACAGACCUAAGACUGAGUACCCGAGAAAAUCCAGCGACUACUCUCUCCCCAGAGACUACUAUAGACAGGAAUCUCAGGAGAGAACGGAACCGGAGAGACCUGGGAACUUGGGACUGGAGCUGGCGCCGACUAAAUUGAGAUCCAGUUUGAAGAAGUACAAGAAAAGUAGUGCGUCGGGGGGUAGUUCCGGGGGUGGCACGCCUACCAACCCCACGCCCCCUGACAGCCUCACCAGCGAGACGGAUAGCUCGUAUGUAUCCGCACGCGACGCCUCCAGCGGCUCGCAGUCCCGCGUGCGCUUCAGCCCAGAGACUAUGGAGGGUGGGGAGCGCAGACCUCCGCGCAGCUCGUAGCGAAGGCUCAAGAAGUUCCACGACUACCUCGUCUGAUGGGGUACUGCGUGGAACGAUCACAAAAGUACAGUCAGCUUCAUAAAUAUGUAUACAUUUAUGAAAUUUUAAACUCGUAUGCUUCGGUUUCAAAUAUAUGAAUACAUUAAUCUAUAUGCUUGAAUCAGAACACCAAUAUGUGUAAUGAAGAAUUUUUGAAACGUAAAGUUUUAAAGUUUUGUAAAUGUAUAAAUGUUUAUGAAGCUGAUUGUACUUAGCUCCAGUUGGACUAGUGAUGGACGAAUUUAUUGAGUGUUACAGUGUUUGAAGCUCCGUGAUUUUCGCAGCUAUAUUCGUAUAUUGGGUUAUUUUGUACGACCCAGUAUUACUUGGCAACUUCAGAUUUAUUUAAAGUACUUAAAAAUUUUAAUAAGAAACAAUUGUGAGAGUUAACAUUCCUUUGAGUGAAUUUCGUUAGUUUCUAUGCAGUUUUUUCCCCUUUCCAAUCAUUUUAAAUACUUUUAUAUCUUCUUUUACUCUAUUUUUCGAAUUCCAUCUUAUUUUAAACGCCAUUUAAUUUAAAUUACGAACACCAAUACUUUACAUCACAAUAUUCAAAUUUACGAUACAUUAAAAAACAUAAUGUUAAAAAUGUAUGGCUUCUUGAAAUAAUUCGUACUAACUUGUGAGAAGUUCAGAGACAAAGUAAGAGCUUUUUAACGCAAUUGUGUUCAUUUUAACAUAUUCGUGUUAUGCACUGUAUAUUUUGUAAAAAAUAAUAUUUUUAAUGUGAAGAUCGAAGAUUUUGUGUUCAAUUUAAAGUUUUAGAUUAACAAUAAUUAUUUUAAUGUACGUUUUAACAUAAUUUUCAAUCACACGGAACUAAAAUAGUAGAAAACGGGAACAUUUUGAACAAAUUUUUAAGUAAAAACAACUUCUUUUUUCAACUUCCUUUUAAUUACAAUGUAAAAAAAGUUUUUUACAGUUGCUAGAAAUUAUGUAUAUUUAAAAACCUUUUGUUUGGUAAAUUACGACAGCAAAAUGGUGCUUACCAGUAGACUACCAGAAUAUUGAGAAAAGUUCCUUAGAUAAGAGUCCAAAGUAGUACUGAAUCUAAUAUACAGUGUAUACUAAAGUAAUAUUCAGUGUGUACUAAAUAAUAUACAGUGUAUACUAAUGUAUUAUACAGUGUAUACUGAAUAAUAUACAGUGUAUACUAAUGUAUUAUACAGUGUAUACUGAAUAAUGUACAGUGUAUACUAAUGUAUUAUACAGUGUAUACUGAAUAAUAUACAGUGUAUACUAAUGUAUUAUUCAGUGUAUACUGAAUAAUAUACAGUGUAUACUAAUGUAUUAUUCAGUGUAUACUGAAUAAUAUACAGUGUAUACUAAUGUAUUAUACAGUGUAUACUGAAUAAUAUACAGUGUAUAAUAAUGUAUUAUACAGUGUAGAUGAUCAUAUAUGAUGUAUAAUUUGUGUGAAUAAAACUGGAACAUACUCUCGCGAGUUGGUUAGUGUUGCCAUUGUAGGCUGUGUGACCAGCAAUAGGUUAGAUUAUGAAAAGAUUGUAAGAUACAUUUGUAAUUGAACAUUCCCUUAUAUUUUUAAUUUCAAAGUGUUUAAAAGCGACAUUUUAAAAACACGGCCGAGUGACUUAUGAAAUGUAAUUUUUACGAAAUUUAAAAAUAAUUUGUAUUGAAAUUUUGAAAUUCCCUACAAAUAUUCUUAUUUGUACAACUGUGUUUAUUAUAAUGUAAUAUGUCGUAGUAUUAGUUGUUUGGAUAUUCAGGGUGCAAGUGGGAGGGGGAGGGGGGAGGCACAAAAGGGAUAUCUGUACAAAUGUAAAUAGCCAUGUAAAAGCUUAAGAUUAUUUAAACUGGCAUUUAUUUCAUUAUAAAUAGUACAAAUAUAUUUUUAAGAUAUUUAGCGGAUUUAGUAUGAACAUAAUCGUGUCGUGUGUAUAUUUUAAAUGACAAUCAUAUAAUAUAUUGAAAUAUAGAUAUACGCUUUUUGUACAAAGAUCAAAAAAUUAGAUAUUUUUUACUUUGAAAAAAAAAGGAAAUUAUUGUAGAUAUUGUAAGCAGCUUUUAUAUCCCACAGUGAAAUAGUUUAGGUGAAUCGAUAACUAGUCGAGAAUUCUGCAGUUUUUAAUAUACUGCUGUUGUCAGAAAUGUAUUGGAAAUAUUGAGUUAUGUCGUCUCCUAUUGUGAACAAAGAUUCAUUUACGUGUGACAUACUAAAUAACUAACAAUUUUAUAUCUAUACGAAUAUUAUAAAGAUUUUUAUUUUUGGGGCGAUUUCAAAAAUUCUUUCACCUGAAA